AUGAACAGAGGUAGAGGAGGAUUCAGAGGAGGAUCCAGAGGUGGAUUCGGUGGUAGAACCGGACCAUCCCAAUUUCAACAGGGCCCACCAGAUUCCGUUUUGGAAAUGGGUACCUUUAUGCAAGCCUGUGAAGGGGAUGUCGUCUGUCGUUCCAUAAACCCUAAAAUCCCAUACUUCAAUGCUCCAAUCUACUUGGAAAACAAGACCCAAGUGGGUAAGGUGGAUGAAAUUUUGGGACCAUUAAACGAAGUGUUUUUCACUGUUAAGCCAUCUGAAGGUGUUCAGGCAACUUCUUUCAAGGAUGGUGAUAAAUUUUAUAUUGCCCCAGAUAAGUUAUUACCUUUAGAAAGAUUUUUACCAAAGCCACCAGUGUUAGGAGCCAAGCCAAAGAAGAAGUCCGCUGGAGGAGCCGGUGGAGCCAGAGGUGGCUUCGGUGGUAGAGGUGGAAGAGGUGGUGCUAGAGGUGGAGCCAGAGGUGGUUUCGGUGGUAGAGGAGGAGCCAGAGGUGGAUUCGGUGGUAGAGGUGGAUUCGGUGGUGAUAGAGGUGGAAGAGGUGGUGCUAGAGGUGGGUUCAGCUCCAGAGGUGGAUCCAGAGGUGGAUUCAGUUCCAGAGGUGGCCGUUUCUAA